GUCAGCUUUCCAUUGUCAUCAUUUGAUCACUGAAUUCAUUCAUUCAUUCAUCAAGCAAGCAAGCAACAGCAAAAGGCAUCAACAAGAUCUUCUUCAUCACUUCCUCUUAUAAUCUCUUCUCUCUACUUUCUCUCUCAUUGACCUCUCAGAGACUUUUUUUUUUUUUUUUACUUUCUCUUUCUCUCUCCUACAUCUUCAUCGACAUGGGUUCAAGCUCUAGUAGACUCGGCUCUCGCUCUUCUACUCCUCCAAGGCUCAACAAUCGCUUCAGAUUAUCUUCCUUUCUCUGUGGCACCUCCACCUCUCGCACUAUUUCUCAGAUGGAAGAUCAACAAUAUGAACACCAGGUUAAUUCGGCAAGAAAUUUUGAUGAUGAAAUUCAGAAAGUCACUGAUGAAUCGUCAUUAUUAUGUACAGAAGGUAGAAUUAGUCGCUGUCCUCAUGCUGAAACUUCAACUUCAACCGAUACGAGAACAGAGUUACGCGAUAAUGCUACUGUUGAAGGUUCUUCUAGAAAUGUUGGAACAAGUAGUCAGAGGAAUUGCUUGUCUGAACAUAAGGAAUUAGUCCCUCCUUAUCAGGUAAGUGCUGGUCAUAGUCAUCCUGAAUCAUUAAGUGAUAGUAACAACACAGCUAGUACUUCAUAUGUUGAACAACAAUAUUCAGUCUCUGUAAAUGUUUCUGCUAACAAGGAUAGAAUCAAUAAUGUUGAUGAUCCAGCUGUUAGUGGUGUCUCUCAAAUCUCUCACGAGACUGCACGUCCAAGUGGCUCAAUCUCUCAAGAGAAUGGGAAUCCCGGCUAUGGUGAGAUUUCUGUUGAGAAUGACACAGACGCAGAGACAUCUGUCCGUAGUUCUUCCGUUCCUGUUUCUCAAGUUUCCGAUACAACACCAACUUCUCAAGUGUCAGAAGAUGAACCUCGUCACGAGACAAUACCGUCAGGUUUAGGUAUUCUUGUGUCCAACCGGGAAAGAGGACAUGGAAAUGAUGGUCUACUUCAAGUUGAUGUGGUCGCAAUAUCUUCCAAUAUUUUGUCUCGCAACAACACAGAUGCCGAUGAUCGUAAUGCCAGUAGGGGUGGUAGAAGAAGAUUAUUUCGUGAUGUUAUUUCACGAAGUAGUUAUAGAAGCCUUGGUGAUUCUCCCACCAUCCUUUUCUCAACUGGAGGUGCUGAUGAUUCGGGAUCUCAAGAUCGGUGGCUUGUUGAUUUUGGUGAGGAUUUAUCAAAUGAUGGGGUCGGGACACCGUCUGGAUAUAGGGGGAGUAGAAUUCACAGAUUGAAUGAACGAAUGCGACACUCAAGAUCUGAGAUAUGGGAAAGGCUUCGCGGCGGCCUUGAUGAGAUUGGUCGGUUGAACACUUCGUGUCCAUUAGGACUCCAUGCAGACGGUAUGUGCUCAUGUGAAUCAUUCCCAAUGGCUGAGGAAUCUAGCGCGCGAGCAAGUAUUUCAAGAAUAGUCAUGCUGGCUGAGGCUCUUUUUGAGGUUUUAGAUGAAAUCCAUCGGCAACCUGUAUCCCUUUCCCUAGUUGAUGCAGCUGACGGAGGCAAUGAUGCUGAACAAUGUUACAUAUGCCUGGCGGAGUAUGAAGAUGGGGACCAAAUACGAGUUCUUCCUUGCAGGCAUGAAUAUCACAUGUCGUGUGUCGAUAAGUGGCUGAAGGAAAUACACGGUGUAUGUCCUCUGUGUCGUGGCAAUGUUUGUGGAGGGUUAACAGAGUCGUCAGCACACUCAGAAGUGCAGUCUCAGUGAUAUUGUACAUUGUACAUAAAUAGUUUAAAUCUAGGCCAAACUUCAAUUUACGCCUUCUACAUACUACACUUCACAUCAAUUUGUUCCUCCAGAAAUUAGUGUCAUCAAAAUGGUUCACUUUAAAUCUUUGACUCCCUAAUUAAUAUCAGAAUUUUUGAAAGAUUAAAUUGAUGUUAAGUGUAUUGGACCCUUGGCAAAUCAAAGAUGCAUAAGUGAUAAUCGUCAGCCUAAAAUCCAUUGGACCCUUGGCAAAUCAUAGAUGCAUGCAUAUAUAACUAAUUAACAAGGUGAAAUUUUAUGUUUGAUA